UGAUGACUCUCAUAUGCAGCCUCUUAGAUUGUAAGCUCCCAGGAUCAGGCCCUCCUAACCCUCUUGUAUUGAACUCGCUGAGCAAACUGUUGGCACUAUAUAUAUCCUGUAUAAUAAUAAUACCAGCACUGCAGUAUGACUUGGUGACAUGGUGAGUCCUAUAAGUGUAGUACAAGCUGGUGCGGUGGCGAGCACAAGUAUUGUCUCGCAGCCAUUAAGAAUUUGCACACAGGCCCAUAGAGCCCCUAAUAUCCUUCCGGAUGUGCUUGCAAAUCCCGAUUGGCAGUCCACAAAUUUUGCAGCACUUUUACAUCCCCCGUUCACUGCCCAACCUGGA